AGACUGUUGUGGGCAGGGCAGGAGGAGGGCUAGGAUGUCAGGAUGGAACCAUGAAGGCCUCUGAGGACCUCAACCCAGGGCUUGGAACCCAAGAAAGGUGAACAAGCGAUUAGAAAAAGGCAGGUCAAAGGCGCAUGCCCGGCGACAGCAGGUGCAGGGGGCGCGCCGCCGUCGCGGCCUCCCCUUUAAGAGCCGCCACCGCCCACGGCACGCCGCUGCGGCAAGGACCUCCCCUUUAACGGCGGCGGCUCGGCGCUCCGCGGCCCCCGCGGCGGCUGCUGCUGCGGGUGCUGCUGCUAGUGCGGCUCCUGCUGCCGCCGCUGCUCGGCCUCCAGCAGCUGCAUCCUCGGCCCGGGCCGGGUUCCCGCCCUGCGACCCGCCCGGCCUCGCCAUGGUGUCCUGGAUCAUCUCUCGCCUGGUGGUGCUCAUCUUUGGCACCCUGUACCCAGCCUAUUCUUCCUACAAGGCCGUGAAGACAAAAAACGUGAAGGAAUAUGUGAAAUGGAUGAUGUACUGGAUCGUCUUUGCCUUCUUCACCACUGCCGAGACACUCACAGAUAUUGUGCUCUCCUGGUUUCCAUUCUACUUUGAGCUCAAGAUUGCUUUUGUGAUAUGGCUGCUGUCCCCUUAUACCAAAGGCUCCAGCGUGCUCUACCGCAAGUUUGUGCACCCAACACUGUCCAACAAGGAGAAGGAGAUCGACGAGUACAUCACACAGGCCCGAGACAAGAGCUAUGAGACCAUGAUGAGGGUGGGCAAGAGGGGUCUGAACCUGGCCGCUAAUGCCGCGGUCACGGCUGCUGCCAAGGGGGUGCUGUCAGAGAAGCUCCGAAGCUUCAGCAUGCAGGACCUGACCCUGAUCCGGGACGAGGAUGCGCUGCCCCUGCAGGGGCCCGACGGCCGCCUCAGACCCAGCCCUGGCAGCCUUCUGGACACCAUUGAGGACUUAGGAGAUGACCCUGCCGUGAGUUUAAGGUCAGGCACGAACCAGGCAGAUCCCCGGACAGAGAUCUCUGAGGAUGACACGGGAGACAAGGCCCCUAAGAGGGCCAAAUCCAUCAAAAAAGUGCCCAAAGCUGAGCCACUGGCUUCCAAGACGCUGAAGACCCGGCCCAAGAAGAAGAUCUCCGCGGGGGGUGACUCCGCUUGAGGCCCCGGCACGCACCCCCCGCCCCAGGCUGCAGAGCCCCAGCUCCACACUGUGCCAGCAGCCCUCAUUCUCAGGCCCUAGGGCCUCUCAGAUGGCUGGUUCUGGUGCCUGCCCAGUGGCCCCUCCCCCGGAAGGGCUUGGAAAAGAGGAGGGAGGCCCUGCUGUGGGGGCUGAGGGUAGAGGCUGGACCAGGAGCUGAGGACUGAGCCACUCAAGGAGGUGUGGGCUCCUUAGAGCCUGAGCGCUCUUCUCCCCGCUCCAGCCCUGCCCCCGCCCACCCAGUGCCUUGCUGAAGACCAUGGCCAUUCCCUUGUCUGAAGUCCUGACAUGGUCCCACCGCUCUCCCUGGGUCGGGGUCGGGGGCCAGUCACAGCCCAGAAUGACCAGAGACAGGCCUGAAGGCCCUGGGAGAGAGGGAGGGAGUGGGGAAGGCCUCGGAGAACCUGGGCAGGGGCUCUGGGCCUGAAGCUGUGAAUAGAGGACACGGGCCUAGUGUGCACUCAAAUGACCAGGAGGGCCAGGCCAGAGCUGCAGCUGAGGGCCUUGGGUAGGACUGUGUGCUACAUGCGCCCACUGAAAAGAGCUGGGGCUCCAGGGGUGUGCGUGUGAGAGUGUACGUGUGUGUGCAUCUUUCUGGGUCUAGAGCUGGGGGGUUUUGAGUAAAGGACUUUCCCUCUAGCAGUAACCUCCCCCCACCCUCAGCCCUCCCUCCUACUCUCUGAGCCUCAGAGGACCCCAGCUCAUGAGAGAGUAGGGCUCUGAGGGGCCUCUCACCUCCUCUGCCCUUGAUCCUCUCCCCUUUGCCUCCUCCCAUUCCUGCCCUGCCCUUGGACUAGGCUCCACCCCUCAGAGCCCUCAGUAGAGGCCCUUGCUGAGCUGGUUCCUUUCCUCCUCACCUGGGGGCCCAUCUUCCUUCGCCCUAGGGUCCUCGUCUUAUGCCAAGCAAACUAGGCCCCAUGUAAGCAGACCCCCGUCAGAGCCCAGCCUUUGCCCCACACUUUGCCCCAGCUUCUGCCGUGGCUUCAGUCAGGGCUAGGAGGAAUGUAUGAAGAAGAAAAAGAUAUUAGGAGCCAGGGGGCUCCCAAAUCCAUGGAAAGAGGGUGCCCAAUGGACCUUUCGCACUGGAUGAGCCAAUAAACCAAAUUCUGGCACCUCA